UUUCUCUUCUCAAAUUCAACUCCAGAUCUUGACUCUCCCCCUUCUUACCUGCAUACUCUUCAUUCCAAAACCAUACAAAAUUUUCAGAAAAUGUGCUUGUAUUUAUCAUUUUAAACCCUUGCAUUUUUAGGGUAGCAAACGGGAUCUUAUUUGAGAAUCUUGUGUUUCUUUCUCAGCUUUUGAUUUUACCAGUCCCUGUAACCCUAGUUGAGACAUUCAAAGGAUCAUUUCUAUGGGCUCUCAUAAAUCUUUCGCCAAUGGCACAUUGGAUGUUUCCGUCACCAAAAAAUUUGGCCAGCGAGUCCAGAAAAAGAUCGUAUCCCAGGAAUCUCCUGUCAACAAAAGAUCUAGUCCGCGGUUAAGAGAAAUCCCUGACAGUAAAAGACCUUAUUACGGCCCCACUCGCAAACGACACUCAUUUUCAACACAAUUGCAUGAGAAUGAUGCUGUUGCUGAUAAUAGAGCAUCACAGAGAAAACCAAAAUAUUCCCCGACAAUUUGCUUGCCAAAUCUUUCGCAGAGUGAGAUCAAAACUACUUCUUGCCUAGCUACCAAGAUUAAUUCAUUGGGCCACGAAAAAGAUGUUGGUGACGGAGAGUCAAACACACCCAUAAGUGGUUUGCCAACACCAUCCAAGAGGGAGUUGGAAACCUAUCAUUCGGCUGCACCUUCGCCAGCUACUGAGGGUGUUGCUUCAUAUGUGGUUCAUACCAGGAAUGAUAAAGCAAGGGUCAAAAAAACUCUUAGAAUAUACGAUAAAUACUACCUCCAUUUUUUUCAGGAACAGAAUGCAUGUGAAAGUAAUGGUAAACAGCUUGCAAAACAUCUUGAUUUGAAGAAAGAUGGUAUGCGAUCUAUUAAGCGUCCUGAUAUGAAGGCCAUAUCUAAGAUGUUAGAGUGUAAUGAAGUUUUGUUCCCUAUAAAAAGAUUUGGUCACCUGCCUGGUAUUGACGUUGGUUAUCAAUUUUAUUCACGAGCUGAAAUGGUUGCUGUAGGUCUUCAUAGUCACUGGCUUAACGACAUUGAUUAUAUGGGACAAUCUUACAGAAAAAUGGAGGAGUUCAAAGGGUGCACAUUUCCGUUAGCUGUAGCAAUUAUAUUGUCUGGUCAAAACGAAGAUGAUCUGGAUAACUCGGAAGAUGUUGUUUAUACCGGUCAAGGUGGAAAUAAUUUUAUGGGCAAUAAACAUCAAGAGAUGUCAUGUGGUAAUUUGGCUUUAAAAAACAGUAUGGAGCAAGCUACACCUGUCAGGGUUGUACGAGGACACACAGGUGGCCAUCACUCAUUCAGAUUAUACACGUAUGAUGGUCUGUACAAGGUGUCUGAAUGCUGGCCUGCAGAUGGCUUCUCUGGUUUUGUUGCUGAUAAGUAUCGCCUGAAGCGUCUUGAAGGACAGCCUAAGUUGACAAGGAAUCAGGUUCAGUAUAGCAAUGGGCGUUCCUCAAGGAUUCCUAUUAAAUCACCUCAGUUGGUAUGCCUGGAUGUAGCUGAAGGUCAAGAAGAUGUGUAUAUACCUGCUAUCAAUACAAUUGAUGAUGCAACUAUUACCGGUUUUACGUAUACAAAGUAUAAUCAAGUUGCUAGCAAUCUGAACCUCCCUCCAACUGCCGGUGGAUGUGAAUGCAAAGGAAAUUGCACGAAUCCAAAGACUUGUGCUUGUGCUAGACUUAACGGCUUUGAUUUUCCAUAUGUACGAAGCAAUGGGGGAAGAUUGAUUGAACCAAAGGAUGUUGUGUUCGAAUGUGGACCAAACUGUGGAUGUGGACCUGGUUGCAUCAACCGCAUAUCCCAGCAAGGGAUAAAGUAUCAACUUGAGGUUUUCCGUACAUCCGAUAGAGGUUGGGCUGUCAAGACCAAAGAUUUUAUCCCUUCUGGUGCACCGGUGUGUGAAUAUAUUGGAGAGCUUAGGAGGACAAAUGAGCUGGACAAUGUUGCUGAAAACGAUUAUAUAUUUGAAAUUGAUUGCUGGCAAACAAUGAAGGGGAUUGGAGGAAGAGAGAGGAGGUUGGGAGAUGUGUCUGAAUCUGUAAGCAAUGAAUUGGAUGAUCAGGGUGGUUUGCCUGAGGCUGAGUUUUGCAUAGACGCUGGGUGUGUUGGUAACGUUGCAAGGUUUAUCAACCACAGUUGUGACCCAAACCUUUUUGUUCAGUGUGUUUUAAGCUGGCACCAUGAUGUAAAACUUGCGCGAGUAGUUCUGUUUGCUUGUGACAACAUACCCCCCAUGCAGGAGCUUACUUAUGACUAUGGAUAUGAGCUUGAUAGCGUUGUAGACAACAAUGGGAGUGUAAGGAUGCUGCCAUGCCAUUGUGGUACAUCAGAGUGUCGCAAGCGAUUGUAUUAGUAUUAGUAUUAGCAUAUUUGAUUCUGUUUAACUUUUCAAGUUGGUGAAGGGAUGGCAGCUGCAUAAUAAAUUAUGUUAUAUAGUAUGAUUAUGAUGUUUACAUCAUUCAUACGUAUCUAUCUAUCUCUCUCUUU